AUGGAGCCCAUCCAUAUUCCCCAAACACAAACUGUCGCACUGGUGAACAGUCUUGGCGGUAACGUCGAGUUCAAAACAGACUACCCGGUCCCUGUUCCCAAACGCAAUGAAGUUCUCGCUAAAGUUCUCUAUACCGGUGUCUGCCAGAGUGACCUCCACACUAGGGCCGGCACAGCGGCGGGAUCAGAUGGUAACCCAAUUACCGAUAUCAAGCUUCCACACGUCGGUGGCCACGAAGGUAUCGGCCGGAUCGUGGGUCUUGGCCCUGACAUCACGCAUAGCGCAGGCAUCAAAGUCGGCGGACUUGUCGGCAUUCGAUUCUCGAGUCGCAUCUGUCGGCGAUGCGAAUUCUGUCUCGCAGGCACUGAACAAUAUUGUGUACAAAGCACGAAUCACUUGCAUCACGAAGAUGGUAGUUUUCAGGAGUAUAUUGCCUUGGACGCGGACUAUCUGACUCUCUUGCCGGAUGACGUUGAUCCGAUGGUAAUGGGUCCUGUGCUUUGUGCGGGAUUGACCGCAUAUAAGGCGGUUCUGAAUGCCAAUAUUCGUCCGGGGAACUGGUUAGUCGUCGUUGGCGCCGGGGGUGGACUUGGGCACUUGGCAGUACAAUAUGCUAGGGCACAGGGGGCUUUGGUUAUUGGCGUGGACACCGGCCCGGGAAAGCGGGAGUUUACUCUUGGGCUUGGCGCUCAAGAGUUUAUCGACUUUGCCGUUGAGGACCCCGUGAAAAAGGUGCACGAAAUUACUGGCCUGGGGGCCCAUGCUGCGGUUGUCACAGCGGGUAGCGCGAAGGCCUUUGCCCAUGCUUGCGAAAUGCUACGUAUUGGAGGCAGUUUGAGCUGCGUUGGAAUUCCUCCCGGCCGUCCUUGUCUCGAGACGCCCAUCUGCACAAUUGUAAUCAAAGGACUAAGAAUUACGGGAAAUUUGGUUGGUUCGUUGAAGGAAUGCAUGGAGGCAGUUGAUUUGGUUCGCCGAGGCGUCGUGAAGCCUGUCAUCCAAGUUCGAUCAUUCAGAGAGUUGCCGCAGGUAUAUGAGGAGAUGGAGAAGGGCGAUAUUGCGGGUCGUGUGGUGCUGAAAAUUGCAGAGUGA